AUGAUAAAAUGGGGGCCCACUGAAGAAAAAUCCUUCGAAUUCCUUAGGAAAUGCCUGAUGACCGACCCUGUUCUGGCCUACCCGGAUUUCACUAAAGAAUUCCUAAUUUACACUGAUGCCAUCGAUUACGGACUAGUAGCCGUUUUGUUCCAAAUACACGACAGAAAAGACCAACCAAUCGCCUACGCCAGUAGACACCUGAAUAAAGCAAAAACCAAGUACUCUACCAUCGAGAAGGAAGCCGCGGCCGUGAUUUUUGGUAUAAAGCGUUUCCGCCAUUACCUUCAGGACGAGCCAUUCGUUAUCAUCAGUGACCAUCGCCCGCUGCAGUGGCUGCAGACGUUCAGUGACGAGACGGGUAGAUUAGGAGGAUGGUCAAUAUUGUUGGCUAACCUCAAAUACUCGAUAAAGUACCGGCCGGGUCGAGUCAAUGAGAAUGCAGAUUUUCUAUCCCGAAUUCCGGUUAAUUCAGUUCGAACAACCCCUGAAGAAGAUGACGCCAUACUCCGCGAAACGAAAAAAUAUUCAUUAUGUAUGGACAUAACAAAUUACUUAGAACAUGGAACCCUUAGUGAAGAGAAUACAGACCAGAUUUGGGCGAAAGAAAUCGAGCUGUAUGGCAUUGCUGGUGGCCUUCUGUGUCGUACACUAGAGCCCAUCUCAAAGAAGAGACGACGGGCCAUUGUCACCGACCGUGGUUCGAAUUUUACGUCCGAGCUGUUCUCCUCACUUUGUAAGACACUUCAAAUUAAACAGUUGAGGACCACUGCGUACCAUCCACAGACUAAUGGCUUAACCGAAAGAUUCAACAAAACCGUAGUAGAAAUGCUACGGAAAUACAUGGAACAGGGUUUCUCUAAAUGGGAAGAAGUGCUAGGCCCAGCUGCUUUCGCCUACAGGAACUCUGUACACUCCUCCACCCUAGAAACCCCCUACUUCCUAAAUCAUGGCCGCGAUCCAGUAGUGCCUAUUGACCAAUUUUUACAAAAGCCAGCAAACAUCAUCAUCCCAUCCGACUACAAAAGCCAGCUAAUGCAACGUCUUCACGAGGCCUUCUUAUUGGUUAAAGCAAACUUGACCCUUUCCAGGGAACAGCAAAGGACCCAGUACGACAAGCGGGCUCGUGAGCAAGCAUUCAACAUUGGCGACAAGGUGUUAAUCGACGUAAGAACGCCAAUGGCAGGCACAAGCAAGAAACUCAUCCCCCUUUUUGUGGGGCCAUACCGCGUCACAAAAAUCAACAACAAGCACACCGUGGAAAUUCAAGAAUGCGUGGGAAAACAGACCCAGUUGGUGCACGUAAACAGGAUAAAACCCCUGUAUGAAUCUAUGAUCUGGAAGGAAGAACCUUGCGUAGUUUUCCCAGAGAGCCGUGAUAACCCCAUACCACCGGAGCUCACCAACGAACUAGAAGUACCACCCCCAACGGAUGAAGAAUUAUUGUUGAUGUCCCUCCUCGCCCUCCUGUUUUUUACCCCCUUGGCCGCAUUUAAUGCCACCGUGUGUAACUGUGAUUGUGCGGCAAACCUGGAAUUCCUGGAGUUCAUGGAGGAAGACUGCUCUUUUGAAGGCGCCCCCAAACCACCGUUACCCAUUACGUACGCUAUCUACUCUACACUACCAGAAGUUAAACGCUUUGCUGGUCACACGUGUAGCAUGUGGGUAGCCACCACUACAGUGUACAAGGACUUCAUGCAAUGGAAUCAAGUGUCUUACGGCUGCAACCCCAUCGAAGUGGAUGCAGCAACGUGCCGAAGGAUGAGAGACACACGACAAUGUCAAGGAAAGGCGAGGGAUAUAACAGGUCCCAACUCGUUCGCCCUGGAAGGCCACCCAUUCGUGAAAACCAGUUGGCUUCGGAUGGCGACAGAAAAGAUGACCAACUGUCGCCUCGAAGAAGUGACCUUACAGAGCGAAUGCCCGAACUGUACCAUCAGCUCUCCACUUGGCGACAUCCCUGGAGCAAUAAACGGCUCUUUCAAACACAACCUCGUGACCCUCGUCUGGGACGAUUCCUGGAAGGAAGCGAAGCCGUGUGAGUUAAGGGUUAUCGAAAAGGGAAUGGGCGUCAAGUACUCGACCGAAAACGACACUACCUUCCGUAUUCGGGACCCAACUAAGCAGCUGGAUUUAAUAUAUUCAAUGAUUAACAGUUCUGUCUGCGGAGGAGGAAACCUCUCUGCCUACCAUCCGGUUCUAGGAAUGGACAGAGUCGUCAUCGCGGUUCGGGAAGCCGCCAAGGGAACCGAUCUCGUCGAGAUGAGGCCCAAUAACGCGGACGCCGUGGCCAAGAUGGCGCUGUCCGAACUGACACGGGCGGAGAUCGAAUACGCCAGUCAUACACAAUACAUCAGAGACUUCGCAAUGGACAUUUCAAACCACCUGGCCCGAGAAAUUCGUAACAUGCAAUGCGAAAGCCGGAAAACCACCUACAAUGCCGCUACAACGACUGUACAAUACGACGGAUGGUUAGCCGCUAAGCAUCUGGACCUUCCAUUAUGCACCAAGCUACUGGCGGUCGGGGCAUCCGUAUCCGUUUUGCAGUGUUUUCCCAGCAACGUCACCUUCGAGACGGUUUUCACGCCAUGUGGAGCCAAACCUCGGUGGGUCAACCAGACCAUCAACGUGGAAGGUUGGGAGCUCACGAAGUACUCCGAUUGCUACUGGCACGCAAACUUCGUCAACUUCAACGGCAAAGCCCACACCUUCAAGAACAACACCUGGAUGCCAAUCAACCCCAACCUAGAGAUACAAGGCCGCCGUUUCAUCAACACUAUGCCCCUGGAGGUCGAUGACUCUUUGGGAAUGAUACUGCAGUUGCACCCAACAAUAACGUCACAUCCCCUAAGUGCUUAAACCAUCAUGGCCGACAUCCUGGCGUACAUACAGAUGGGCUAUGUCACAGAAAGGUCAGGCGAACGACACGUUAACACAGUCCUCGUCCACCCCGGACAAGCACAAGACGUCUCCUUCAUGGCAAGGAUCGGAUACUGGCUUCGGAACUUCGGCAUCAUGUCGGGAGUAGGAGUAUCCAUUGCUCUGGCUUUCCGAUUCUGUGGACUCGGUUCCCUCCUGGGUCUUUACAUCCCUUGCUGUCGGUACUUUAACCCAUGCAGUUUGUUAACGCCACCUCAGUCUUCCCAUCGAGACAUUGAGUUGGGACCCCAAGCAACCACCAACUUGGCCCCAACUGCUCCGGUCACCAUUGUCAAUAUACCCCCGCCCCCAACUCCCGCCGGUUCCACAGGGCAGCUAGGGUUAAACCAACAACCGUACCUCAUCCCACCCAUUUCACAUCCUCGUAGCCUCGCCCAACACAGAGAAGCAGCAGCUCUUCUCUCGCGUCCCUAG